UAGCAUAUCCAAGAAAACAAACAGAACAUGCACAGGUGGACGCGAGCCAGAGAGCAAUCUUUUUCUGGUACAGGCCUUUUCGCAUGGCGCUGAUAGAGAAAGUGGAAGAAGCUAUUCGAAUCUCUCGCCAUCGCUUUCUUCUUCUUCUUCUCCUCCUCCUCCUCCUCAUUACGAAGGCUCAAAAUCGCGGCAAUUUGUAGGAUAAUCGGUGAAGAUAAGAAGAUACAAAAAUUGAGUUUGGAGAAAUCUGUUGGCAACGAGUUAUUCUGUUUCUCAUUCAGAAUUUCACAGUUCGUGUUGGAAUUGAGCCGAAGUGACAGAACGGAGUGAUGGUCAGGAUAUUACCAAUGGCUUCCUCAUUACGACCUUCCAUUUCGUCAUUCACGUUUGCUGGCGCUUCUCGUUUGGCUCAUUCCCUCACUUCCUACACCCCGACUCGGGGGCUGGCUUCAUUUCAUAUCGGUUUUGCUGUUCCACAGGCACAAUUCUUUGGUUUUAACUCUUCGAAGUUGUUGAAGUGUAAUAACACCAUGCGGGUGACCGUAAAUGGAUAUGCAGCACAGGCUAGCACAACAGCCGCUCCUGAAAAUAUUCUUGAGUGGGUAAAAAAGGAUAAGAGGAGAUUGCUUCAUGUUGUCUAUCGUGUUGGAGAUUUGGAGAGGACCAUAAAAUUCUACACCGAGUGCCUGGGGAUGAAGCUGCUGCGGAAACGUGACAUACCAGAGGAGAGAUAUACAAACGCCUUUCUUGGAUACGGUCCAGAAGAGGCUCACUUUGUUAUUGAACUCACUUACAACUAUGGAGUAGACAAAUAUGAUAUUGGGACUGGGUUUGGCCAUUUUGGUAUUGCAGUUGAAGAUGUUUCCAGGACUGUGGAACUCAUAAAGGCCAAGGGUGGAAAAGUUACCAGAGAACCUGGUCCUGUUAAAGGCGGCAGUACUGUGAUUGCAUUCAUUGAAGAUCCAGAUGGUUAUAAAUUUGAACUCUUGGAAAGGGGGCCUACUCCUGAGCCUUUAUGUCAAGUAAUGCUUUGUGUAGGUGAUCUUGAUCGAUCCAUAAGUUUUUAUGAGAAGGCUUUUGGCAUGGAACUUCUACGCAAACGAGAUAAUCCAGAGUACAAGUACACAAUAGCAAUGAUGGGAUAUGGCCCUGAAGAUAAAAGUUCUGUACUGGAGUUGACUUACAACUAUGGAGUUACUGACUAUGAAAAAGGGAAUGGUUAUGCCCAGAUUGCAAUAGGCACAGAUGAUGUCUAUAAAACUGCAGAAGCGGUAAAACUCUAUGGAGGGAAGGUCAUCCGAGAACCUGGACCAUUACCUGGUAUCAACACCAAAAUUACUGCAUGCUUGGAUCCUGAUGGUUGGAAGACGGUUUUUGUAGAUAACAUUGAUUUUCUCAAGGAGUUGGAGUAAGUGAGAGAAUGUUUGGAUUACAGCCUGCAAGAAGGGAUCCAGUCCCAGCUUGAACUUGAAAAUAAUUCUAUAUGCUUGCGUCUAGUUCUGCCCUGAUUGAAUAUAGAAAUUUUGUCUUGUAUAUGUCUUGACAGUUCGGUAUUAGGCUUGACAUAAUGAUAUGAUGAUUUUGUGUAUUUAUAGGCUUUGAAAGGUCUUCCUACAUGAGUUAUAAUGAGUUCAAUGUAAUUUUUAUUUAUCAAUUUAGACAAGUAGAUUCCUGGCACAAAAUUUUGAUACCAAAUUAUGUUUAAGUUUCAUGUCUCUUUAAUGGAAAUAUGUCAGGUUGGCACUUGUGCA